GUUUCCAUUCAGAGUACACAUAAUAAAAGAACCGGAUACAAAAUUAAAGUGAAAAAUGAUUUUUAGAGAUAAAACAAAAAACAGUAUCUUAAUGUUAAGAAUUUAAAAAAUAUCGUAGUGGCCAUACCAUCAAGAGCUAAUUAAAUUAAUAGGAACUAUAUCGUCUGUGUAACAGAAAAUUAAACGUGCGAUUAAACUGACCUGAAUGUCAAUACCACGAGGUCAAAUAUCUUUUGAAUGUCAUACAACAACCCCCAAGAAAAUUGCAUAAACACAAAACUUGAGAAAGACUAGAAUGGAGAAGUUACACGAAUACCAAGGAUUUACAGGUCGAUUUCAUCAGUGGCGGGAUAAUGUGCGGGAGAAAAUAUCAAAUUUUCGCGAACAAAAUCCAAGCAACAUAGUGGAAUUGGCUAAGACGACCGCCAAUGAUCAAUUGAAAGGCAAUGCUAAUGCUAAUCAGGACUAUUCACACAUUUACAGACAUAAAACUCGCAUGGAGCUGGUUCGUGUGUCUGCCGCUGUGAUGGGCAUUGAAUUUUCAUAUGCUGCUGAAACUGCGUUUGUUUCGCCCACUCUCCUUAAGAUUGGGGUUGAACAUCAACAUAUGACUUUGGUCUGGGCAUUGUCGCCAUUGGUGGGUUUUUUUCUUACACCAAUUCUGGGUUCCAUGAGCGACCGUUGCAAACUAAAUAUGGGGAGAAGAAGGCCGUUUAUUAUUCUGCUGUCCAUCGGCGUUUUUCUCGGGUUGCUUUUGGUACCCAACGGUGAAGAUUUGGGUUAUGCAUUUGGUGAUGUGGAUCCACAUAUUCAAAUAUCUGCUAUGAAUUUGACCAUUAAUGGGACGCACAAUAACAUUAACAUAUCUCCACAUCGAUCGACAGCAUCAGAGACGGAGUUGCCAUCAAUGAAAAAAACCUCUCACCCUUGGGGAAUAUUUUUUACAGUUCUUGGCACAGUGUUAUUAGAUUUUGAUGCUGAUGCAUGCCAAAGCCCCUCCAGGGCAUACCUUUUGGAUGUAUGCGUCCCAGACGAUCAUGCUAAAGGCUUAUCGACAUUUACGAUAAUGGCAGGACUUGGCGGAUUUAUGGGAUACUCCAUGGGAGGCAUUAAUUGGGACGCUACUUCUAUUGGUCGCCGUUUAGGUGGACAUGUAAAAGCAGUAUUUACGAUAAUAACUGUUAUCUUUAUAAUUUGCGUCUCGUUAACUAUAUCAAGUUUUAAAGAAAUCCCGCUUUGGGCUUUAACUCCAGCAAAAACAAAAUCAUGUAAAAAUGAGACAGACCGCUUAGAAGAUGGAUCUAUAAAUUAUGGAGCUUUGGGUGACACGGAUUUGAAUACAGCAGAUGAAAAAUCGAAUGGGUUUGAAAAUCCACAACCAACUGUCCCAGAGCAAUCCGAUUACUUCGGUGAUGAAACAGACAAUAAUGCCGUUGGUGAAACCUCGUUUAUUAAUUCUGACAGCACACAACCCCCCCUGUACACAACUGAAAACCAAACUGCUGAAGCCGAACAGGCAGUAGAAACACUGUCCCACUACUUAUUAUCUAUUGUAUACAUGCCUCACUCCAUGCGUAUGGUCUGUUUGACAAAUCUCUUUUGCUGGAUGGCACAUGUCUGCUACUCAUUGUAUUUCACGGACUUUGUGGGCGAGGCCGUUUUUAAAGGGGACCCAAAGGCUUUGGAAGGAUCAAAGUCGCAAAUUUUAUACGAAGAAGGCGUCCGGUUUGGUUGUUGGGGAAUGGCUAUGUAUUCGCUGUCAUGUGCUUGUUAUUCACUAGUUAUAGAGAAACUCAUACAGCGAUUCAAAGCUAAAAACGUUUAUGUAGGCGGUCUACUAUUCUACUGCUGCGGAAUGAUGUUAAUGGCAAUAACAAGGGCUAAAACCAGCGUAAUUUUAUUUAGUUGGGCAGCAGGUGUUAUGUAUUCUACCCUUUUUACAAUGCCUUAUCUCCUGAUUGCGCACUACCAUUCCAUGGGGACAUUCGAACUGGAUACAGAUGGAGCGGCAAAAUUGGGAUCUGGUGUUCGAGGCUUAGGUACAGAUGUAGCAAUUGUUAGCAGCAUGGUCUUCCUCGCUCAGUUCAUAUUGUCAAUAUGCAUGGGGACAAUCGUAUCUGUAUCUGGGACUACUACAGCAGUGGUUGGCACAGCAAGUUUUCUUAGCUUUUGUGGUGCUUUAUCAGCAACACAAAUUAUGUACCUAGAUCUUUAAUAAUAUAAGGGUUCUCAAAAGCAUUUUUAAAAACAUACCCGUAUGUAGUAUGUAUGUAUAUGUAUAUUCAGUUAACAGCAAAAUGUCGUGAUACUCCAGUCAUCCAACCAAUCUAUCCAGUAUAGAAUGCAACCAUAAUCUUAAAAGACGAUUUUGCGAUGUCCGCCCGUCUGCAGAAGUACGCUAUUUUACGAAUGAAUAAAGCUAUUUACUCCAAAA